UUUUUUAAGUAAAGCAUAAUAAAAGGGACAAACAAUGGAGGGAGCUUUGGGCGGAGAUGGAGAAGGUCAACGUCGAACUGGAUGGAAAGCUCUAUAGUUGCCGCGGUUGUGGCACUCAUCUCGCUCUAGCUGAUGAUCUCAUCUCCAAGGAUUACUAUUGUCCCAAUGGGAAGGCAUUUCUUUUCAGGAAUGUAAUAUUGUUUAUAAAUGUCAGAUCAAAUGUCUCGUUUGGAGUUCCGGAGGAGAGGAUGCUGAUUACAGGAAUAUAUAUAAUAGUUGGCAUAUUCUGCUGCUCCUGUGGCCAAAACCUUGGUUGGAAAUAUGAAUCAGCCCGCGAUAAAACUCAAAAGUUCAAGGAAGGGAAAUUUAUUUUGGACAGAGGAAUGAUUGAUGAUGGAGCUAAUUCACAACACAACAUUGACACUGCCGGCCCUGUUGACUCUUAAGAAUGCACAUACAUGAUGAUAACUAGCAUCCAUAUGCAUCUCAUUAGCUAUCUUUGUUUGUAUGUAAAUGUGGUAAUCAGCUUACAAACUAAAUUGCAGCCAAUGUUACUGUUGCUGUAUUUAUCCAAAUAAAAGUAUGUUAAUGUUUUUGUGUCUGUUAUUAAUGGAUGUGUCUAUUACAAACUAUAUUGUGAAGAUGUGCAUGAAUUACUAAGUC